AUGAACCAGUUGACGGUGAGUUAUGGCCUAAUUUCCCCGGAAUACUGCACUUCACAAGAUGCGCACAUCCUACCUAUAACAAAGAUUUUAUACCCAGACAUACCUGGCAGGAACUAUUUCCUGACUUCAGGAAGAGAUGGUUCGAUAAUUCUGCACAAGAACGCACACCUCUUUAACAAUGUCCAACCUACAUCUAAGGCUAAUCCCGCAUCAGACGACGCGAUAAGAAUGCAAGUCCACAGCGAUUGGGCAAGUGAUUUAAUACACGUCAAUAUGAAAUGUGCAGAUUCCUCCACUUUAGACACAUUCAUAUCGGUAAGUCAUGAUUUUUCCAUAGUAUUAAUUAGUCUGAAUACUGAACUAACCACAUGGGAUAAGAAAAUCAUUGGUGAUCAUGACGAUUAUAUCAAAUGUAUAGUGCCCAUACAUCAUGAUACGUCGCAUGACUUUGGAAUCGAUGAACGCGAGGACAAGUACAACAAAUAUGACGAUUAUGAGGAAAGAAACAACGGGAUCGCUACUGAUGAACAAAACUACUUCAUUUUUGCUACAGGCGGUCUAGAUAGGAAAAUAAAAGUUUGGUGCAUAAACAGGGGCCCAGAGAAAAUAGCUACUUUACUUCACACUUUCGAUAAUGCUCAAUCAAACGACACAGGAUCGAUAUAUUGCAUGAGCCCCAUAAUAUCGAAAUACCAUUCUGGUAACGACCAAACAGCGCGUCCCUUUGAUUUAGUGGCCGGAGAUUGUAACGGUGACCUGAUAUUCUAUUCAUGCAAAGACCGCAAAGAAAUAAUGAGAAUUGGAAACGCUCAUAUGACAAAUAUUAAAGUCGUAAGAACUGUCAACAAUUCCACACGUUUAGUAAGUACCAGUUCAGACGGUGUAAUAAACGUAUGGGACUUGAACUGCAUAUGGGAUGAAGCUAACGGUGUUUUCCAAGCACCCAAUAAGAUCGGGUCAUGGUCGUGGGAUUCCUCCAUAUGGUGCGUUCAAGGAACGAGUCUCGAUCGGCUUUAUUUUGGCGACUCCCAUGGUAACGUGAUGAGGGCAAACUUAUCCAGUUAUGAAAAUGCCAAACUUUCACGAGUUUUCAAAUCCGGUCAACAUCAACGUCACUACGAACAUGAACAACAAGAUACACCAAACAAUCUGGAUCCAAAGGUAAAAAAGCAUGGUGGUAUCUUGGAUAUUGCCCUUUUACCUGAUGACAAACUGUUAUUUUCAUUUUGCACAGACUCAAAUUUGAAUCAACUCGAUUUAGCCAACAAUAAUUUCAGCGUAAACGAAGGGGGGUUCGCGCUAACAAGAAGUUCAUUAUUAACAAACAGAAGACAUGUAAUAACAGAAAACACUAAGGGGGAGACGCAGAGAUGGGAUAUUGUCUCAUGCGAACUCUUGAACACUUUUAGCUCAUCAGAAGGUUCCUUUGAUGAUAUCGUAAUGAAAUACACAUCAAAGGAGAUUUUAUCUCACUGGUGUACCGUUUCCGUUAAGGUGGGUAUGCUAUUUGUGAAAAUAAAUCCAAAAUUUUUGAAAACAGAAAUUUAUGGGUCUGCACUGAAAGAUUAUGAGAUUGUGAACGAUAUUGAAGUCAGCCCGGAUGAGAGGUAUAAUUUGGGUAAAAUCGUUAUCAAUUCACUUUUCAAUGAAUUCAUAUCCUACGAAGUUCAAAAGGAUAAACUUCUGAGGAAGAACAUCUUUAGUUCGAAAAAGAAAGAUUUAAACAGCCCACUUACACUGGAUACAGGGUACAACUCAGAACCGAAAAAGAAUAAUAAAGACAAAAAGAGAAAAUCGACUUUUAAACUAGGCUCAAUUGGAAGCGUCAGCGCCUCUGUAACUCCUCCAAAUUCGGCCCCUGCAACGCCACUAACAGGGGAAACUAUAGCUUUAGAAGAGCAACCGCUUUUGCAUUUCCCAACUGAUAAGGCAAUGGAUGAUUCUUUAGAGCUAGUCCAACCUUUGCCUGUGUCUAAAAAGCCAUAUUUUAGAACUCAAAGUUCUGGCUCUCUAUUGAGUAGAAAAUUUAAAUCAUUUAGAUCUACCUCUAGUCGUGCCACAAGCGGGCUAAACACUCCAGAGGAACCUAGGGGAAAUCUGAUAGACACUACACACGUCAUAAAUGAUGACUCCCCCGUGGCGCAUACGCAUAAUACCGCUCAACCGUCCAAGGAUGCAACACCGGAAUCUAUAUUAUGGAAUCAUCCUUUUAAGCUUGAUCAAAAAUUAUCUAAUAUUUCAUCACAAGAAUUACCCUAUAAUAACGUUCAUAAUAAAUUGAAAUCGGCUGAAAAUUCAAGAGCAAAUUCCACACUAACAUUAGAAGGGAACGAAAAGAAAAAUCCCGAAUUUAUGCCGGAUCUGCUUGACCAAAUUCAAGAAUCUUACAAACAACAGUUUAUGAAUACUUCUUCCAUUAAAUAUUUGACCAAAAGACUUCCCGUCACCAAGAUAAUUAAGGCUAGUUCAUGUCCUAUAAUAAAAGUUAGAUCAAUUACUUUAAUUUUGGUCCACCUAUGGAAAGAAGGGUCUUGUGGCGGCAGAGUAUUAUUUUCAACCUUUUUACCACCAUCUCGAAUUGAUAAUGAAAUUGUUAACGGUGGCAAGGAAAAUUCUAAGAUACCAGAUGAUGAAGAAGAUUUUCAAACUGUAGACGACGAUAAGUUAGGACAGUAUGAACAAAUUGAUGGUGAGUUGGGGAACCGGUUAAACAGAAGGCAAAUUUUUGAACAACUGGAGGAAAAUUUACCUUACUGGUUCGCCAAGGCUUUAUUUAGGGAUAUUAAGACGGUAGAAGAGCAACCAAAGCUGAACUUCUUAAUCAUGCCAUGGUCUGCCGUUGGUGCAAGCGAAACAAAUGAUAGUGGCCAAAACAAAAAGAAAGAUACCAAUAGUCCAGAUUCAACAGAAUCUUCCACCAAUGACAGCAGCGAUAGUAGUGUAGGGAAUGGUAACGGUACUGUUUCUCCUUCAACACAGCAACAAUUCCAUAAUAUGCUAAAGUUUGGACGUUCAAAGACAAAUGAGCAAGAACUAAAUCCCACGGAUUUACCUAAGAUAUCUGAGGCCAAUGUUAAACUGGUUGCGCCUGGGAUGAUCAGAGUGAAGAAGAUCAAACUAUACGUUGCUGAUAGGUUCGAGACGAAGACCCCUGAAAUGAAAGCCAAAAUUGAACCCUAUAUAUGGUUAGAUCUAUUAUGCAAGGGCCAAGUGUUGGAUAAUGACAUGACGCUAAGCACCGUUAGAACACUUUACUGGAAAUCACAGGGAGACAUAGUUCUUGAAUACAGAAGAAAAGUACAUAGUUCGCCAUUGGUACACGAAGUCAAUGGAAACGAAGGAAAAUGA